GUCAGGUAACCAGGAGCAAGAUGACAACAUACACUGAUAAAGGCAAAAAGCAUGAGCAGGGAAGUUUCCUCUGCUUUGACCACAUUACAUUCUGGGUUGGAAAUGCCAAACAGGCUGCAUCAUAUUACUGCAACAAGCUGGGAUUUGAGCCUCUGGCUUACCAGGGUUUGGAGACAGACAGCCGUGAUGUGGUGUCCCAUGCAGUCAAACAAGGAAAGAUCAUUUAUGUGUUCUCAUCUGCCCUCAACCCUGGAAACAAAGAGAUGGGCGAUCAUUUAGUCAAACAUGGGGAUGGAGUGAAGGAUGUUGCUUUUACAGUGCAGGACUGUGACUUCCUGGUGCAGAAAGCCAGAGAGCGAGGUGCAGUUAUUGUAAAGGAGCCCUGCACCCUGGAGGACAAGUAUGGUAAAGUCAGGCUGGCCGUGCUUCAAACGUAUGGUGACACCACACACACGUUUGUGGAGAGGGCCGGAUACAGUGGGUUGUUUCUGCCAGGCUUCCAGCGCCCGAUCUUCAAGGACUCUUUACUAGACAAAUUACCUAGUGGAAAACUGAACUUCAUUGAUCACAUUGUGGGAAACCAACCAUAUGAUGAGAUGGUCCCAGUGGUGGAUUGGUAUCAAAGAAACCUUCUCUUUCACCGCUUCUGGUCCGUAGAUGACAAACAGCUUCAGACAGAGUUUAGUGCCCUGAGCUCUAUUGUUGUGGCAAACUACGAGGAGACUGUGAAGAUGCCCAUCAACGAGCCUGCCAUGGGGAAGAGAAAGUCUCAAAUUCAGGAAUAUGUGGAGUACUACGGAGGUCCAGGAGUGCAACAUAUAGCCAUGAACACAUCAGAUAUCAUCACUGCAAUUCGUAACCUAAAGGAGCGUGGGACGGAGUUCAUGUGUGUACCAGACACCUACUACCACCAACUCAGGGAGAACUUGAAAGACUCAAAGGUCAAAAUCUCAGAGGACCUCAAUGUUCUGCAGGAACUGAAGAUCUUGGUGGACUACGACGACAAUGGCUAUUUACUUCAGAUCUUCACUAAGCCAGUUCAGGAUCGCCCCACUGUGUUCUUGGAAGUCAUUCAGAGACACAACCACCAGGGCUUUGGUGCAGGAAACUUCAAAGCUCUUUUUGAAGCCAUCGAAGCAGAUCAGCAUGCUCGGGGAAAUCUGACGAUCCUGACACCAAAUGGAGUUUCAAAGAGCAUGUGAUGUGAUACCUGUGUUGCAAUUACUUUACAGUUAUAGGGAAAGUCUGAAUAACUAUCAAUUAACUAUGAAAAGACACUUGAGAUACACAAUAAUAAUGUGCAACGGGUGUUGUUUUUUUGUGACUUGUGACAUGUUUUAUUACAAUGUAACAUAUAUGUUUAUCUGUCAAAAAGUACCUAAUUUAAUCACAACUUAAUCAUAAUGCAACACUUUCUUUUUAUAAAAUGUUAGCAACAAAAACUAAUAUUAUUGAUACAAGCUUGACUCAAGCAAAACACAAUUUAAGCUCUCAUAAAUGAAAACAUUUAACUAUACACAUUUGUUAUCAUCUGGACAAGAAGGUCAACGGACCUUUCAUUGCAACAAAGGCCUUUUUGUACGAUGUUCGGAGCUCCCUUUUUUCCCUCCAUGUGGGAAGAGACAACA